AAAUCUUUACUUUUAAAUCAAAAUGGUUAGUCUUCUUGUUCAAAAGCGUUUAGCUGCUUCCGUUCUCAAGUGUGGUGAGCGUAAAAUCUGGUUGGAUCCCAAUGAGGUCAAUGAAAUUGCCAACGCCAACUCUCGUGCCAACAUUCGUAAGCUCGUUAAGGAUGGUUUGAUUAUCCGUAAGCCUGAGGUCUCUCAAUCUCGUUUCCGUGUUCUCGUCCGUGCUGCUGCCAAGCGUAACGGUCGUCAUAUGGGUCACGGUAAGAGAAAGGGUACUGCCGAUGCUCGUAUGUCCAGCCAAGUCAUCUGGAUGAGACGUAUGCGUGUCCUCCGUCGUCUUUUGGCCAAGUACAGAGAAGCCGGUAAGAUCGAUAAGCAUCUUUACCAUCAUCUUUACCUCAAGUCCAAGGGUAACGGUUUCAAGAACAAGCGUGUCCUCAUGGAACACAUCCACAAGGCCAAGGCCGAAAAGGUCCGUGCUAAGACUCUUGCUGAACAAGCUGAUGUUCUCCGUGCCAAGAACAAGGCCGUCCGUGAGCGUCGUGCCAACAAGAAGGUCGAAAAGCUUGAAGCUCGUCAAUAAAUUAUUUUAUUUUCUCUCUCUCUCUCUAAACCUUACUUCAUACUGACUGAGGAAUAAAACCUUCAUCGUAUAAAUAUCAAUUAAUAGCACCCGAUUAAAA